CCCCCGGCCCCCGCCCGCGGCCGCGCGCGGAGAGAGUACUGGCCCUUUAAGAGCGGCGGCGACCACGGCGCUGGGAGGAGGGCUGGGAGCGCCCGGAGCUGCGCCGAAGUCGCCGGGGACGUCGGGCGCCGGCUCCCUGGCUCGCUCGCUCGCUCCUACCGGCUCCCUGCGCCUCCUCCCGGGACUGCGCAGGAGCCCGGGCCCAGUUGGGCGCGGGGCGAGCCGAGUCCCCCGGCGGGAGGCGCGCGCUCUGGGCUGCGCCCGGCCCCGGGCAUGGACAGAGGGAACUGGGCGCGCAGGGGGCGCCGCGGGACCGGGCGGCCGGAGCGCUGAGCCAGACAAAGGCUCAGGAGUUGCUAUUGCUCUCGGGAGCCGGGCCCCGGGCGCCCAGGCUGCGGGACCCGGCGGCAGGCGGCUCUGGCCGGCCCUUUCUCCCGUGGGCCGGCUCCGCGUGCCCGGACCUGCCCAGCCCGCUUCUCCUCGGGCGUGGGAAUUUGCCGAGGGGACCUAAGCGGCUCCGGCGGGGACCGGGACCGGGAGGUCUGCCGCGCGCCCGCCGGGCGGGGAGCCAGGGAGCGUCGCAAGUUUCCGAGCCGCGUGAGGGGACACGGCGCCGGCGAGCGGGCGAGCCCCGCGUGCUGCUCUCCGGGCCGGGCUGGGCGCCGAGAGCAUGGGCAGCGAACGGAGCGCGGCAGGACGGCCGUCCUGGGCAGGCAGCCUUGGCGGCCGGGAGGCGGCGGAGCGGCCGCGACUGCUGCCGCUGGUGCUGGUGCUUCUGAGCUGCCUGGGCCGCGGCGCAGCGGCGGAGGACGCAGAAGUCAAUGCCGAGAAUUGGCUGCGACUCUAUGGCUACCUGCCUCAGCCCAGCCGCCACAUGUCCACCCUGCGCUCAGCCCAGAUCCUGGCCUCAGCCCUGGCUGAAAUGCAGCGCUUCUAUGGGAUCCCUGUCACCGGUGUGCUUGAUGAAGAGACCAAGGCGUGGAUGAAGCGGCCCCGCUGCGGAGUGCCAGAUCAGUUCGGCGUGCACGUGAAAGCCAAUCUGCGGAGACGGAAGCGCUAUGCCCUCACCGGCAGGAAGUGGAACAACCCCCACCUGACCUUCAGCAUCCAGAACUACACAGAGAAGCUGGGCUGGUACCACUCGCUGGAGGCAGUGCGCAGGGCCUUUCGUGUGUGGGAGCAGGCAACGCCCCUGGUCUUCCAGGAGGUGCCCUACCAGGACAUCCGGCUGCGGAGGCAGAAGGAGGCUGACAUCAUGGUCCUCUUUGCCUCCGGCUUCCAUGGCGACAGCUCACCCUUUGACGGCACAGGCGGCUUUCUGGCCCAUGCCUAUUUCCCCGGCCCUGGUCUGGGCGGGGACACCCAUUUCGAUGCAGAUGAGCCCUGGACCUUCUCCAGCACGGACAUGCAUGGGAACAGCCUCUUCCUGGUAGCAGUGCAUGAGCUGGGCCACGCGCUGGGGCUGGAGCACUCGAGCAACCCCAGUGCCAUCAUGGCGCCGUUCUACCAGUGGAUGGACAUCGACAACUUCCAGCUGCCUGAGGACGACCUCCGGGGCAUCCAGCAGCUCUACGGCUCCCCAGAUGGUCAGCCACAACCCACUCGGCCUCUCCCCACUGUGACACCUCGGUGGCCAGGCCGGCCAGACCAUCGGCCCCCCAGGCCUCCCCAACCUCCACCCCCAGGCGGGAAGCCAGAGCGGCCCCCAAAGCCAGGGCCCCCAGUCCAGCCCCGAGCCACGGAACGGCCUGACCAAUAUGGCCCCAACAUCUGUGACGGGGACUUUGACACAGUGGCCAUGCUGCGUGGGGAGAUGUUCGUGUUCAAGGGCCGCUGGUUCUGGCGGGUCCGGCACAAUCGCGUCCUGGACAACUAUCCUAUGCCCAUUGGGCACUUCUGGCGUGGUCUGCCCAGUGACAUCAGUGCUGCCUACGAGCGCCAAGAUGGGCGCUUUGUCUUUUUCAAAGGUGACCGCUACUGGCUCUUCCGAGAAGCGAACCUGGAGCCUGGCUACCCACAGCCGCUGACCAGCUAUGGCCUGGGCAUCCCCUACGACCGCAUCGACACAGCCAUCUGGUGGGAGCCCACAGGGCACACCUUCUUCUUCCAAGAGGACAGGUACUGGCGCUUCAAUGAGGAGACACAACGUGGAGACCCCGGCUACCCCAAACCCAUCAGUGUCUGGCAAGGGAUCCCCGUCUCCCCCAGGGGGGCCUUCCUGAGCAAUGAUGCAGCCUACACCUACUUCUACAAGGGCACCAAGUACUGGAAGUUCGACAACGAGCGCCUGCGAAUGGAGCCCGGCUACCCCAAGUCCAUCCUGCGGGACUUCAUGGGCUGCGAAGAGUCAGGACCCCGAUGGCCCGAUGUGGUCCGUCCGCCCUUCAACCCCGACGGGGGUGCAGAGCCCAGGGCUGGCGGUGACAGCCAGGAGGGUGGCGAGGGCCAUGAGGCUGGCCCAGGUGCUGGGGAGGGGGACUCUGGGGCGGGGACGGAUGAGGACGGGGGCAGCCGUGUGGUGGUGCAGAUGGAGGAGGUGACUCGGACAGUAAACAUGGCGAUGGUGCUGGUGCCGCCGCUGCUGCUGCUCCUGUGCAUCCUGGGCCUCACCUACGCCCUGGUGCAGAUGCAGCGCAAGGGCGCGCCCCGCAUGCUCCUGUACUGCAAGCGCUCUCUGCAGGAGUGGGUCUGACGCCCUCCUGUCCUCACGGUGCUAGGGCCGGCUGGGGCGCCUGUGCUUCUGAGACUGCGUGGGCUCCCUCAGGCCCU